UCGGGAUAAUAAAAGGCAAAGAGAAGACGUCUUCGUUGUUAUUCAAAUAAACCUUUAAAACAUUACAUUCCUUAAUUUAAAUCAAAAUGUCUUACAAUCCGGUAACCCAUGUUCUAUUUGAUAUGGAUGGACUUAUACUAAAUACGGAAGACUUAUACACUGUAGCAUUUCAGAACAUUUUAUCUCGCUAUGGAAAAGAAUACUCAUAUGAAUUGAAGCGGUCACUUAUGGGCAGCCAGUCACAUGAAACAGCUGAUAGGAUUAUCGAAGCUUUAAAUCUACCAAUGACCCGUGAAGAGUUUUUAGAGGAAAGCAAAAAACAGUUUGAGUUACUCUUUCCUGACACUAAAGUCUUACCAGGGGCCCAACGACUCAUAGAACAUCUUCACAAACAUAACAUUCCCAUUGGAUUAGCAACAAGUUCUAGUAUAGACAGUUACCACUUAAAAAUUGAUAGACAUCAUAAAGAACUGUUUUCACUUUUUCCGCAUAAGACAUUUGGAUCAUCAGAUCCAGCAGUGAAGAAGGGAAAACCACACCCAGAUAUAUUUCUCGUAGCUGCGUCGAAGUUUCCUGAUCAACCAAAACCUGAAAAGUGUCUGGUCUUUGAAGAUGCAGAAAAUGGCGUGAAAGCAGCUAAAGCAGCGGGCAUGCAAGUAGUCAUGGUGCCUAGUCCGAAACUUGAUGAGAUAUUUACCCGAGAAGCAACAUUAGCGAUAAAAAGUUUAGAAGACUUUAAGCCCGAAUUGUUUGGCCUGCCAGCCUUUGACUAAGCUGAUGAUUUAAACUUGUUGAUGCACCUAUGAGCGGUGUUAGUUAAGUCAUAUUUUUAUAGUUAUUAUAAUAUUUCUUUUUUUAA